UUGAGUGAAAUAUUUUGAUACUAAUGAUACUGAAGAGGGUUGGUCAAAAACACAUUCUUUUAUUUGGCGAUUUGCUUCAAUUACCUCCUGUACGUGAGGAUCCUGUUUUUGUACAAUUAUCUAAUGAUAAAAUUAAGACAUGUGUUGGUUCUUUAAUUACCGUUAAUUUGUGGACUACAUUAUUUUAUUAUGAUGAAUUGACAAUUAAUAUGCGUCAGCAAGAGGAUGAUAGAUAUCGACAAUUGUUGUCGAGAAUUCGUAUUGGUUCAUUGACAAAGUCUGAUUGUGCCGAUCUUGAAAGUAGAAAAAUAUCUUUUAAGGGUAAUUGUGUGGAAUCUAGAUUAAAGGAAAUAUGUGAUUUUAUGGACAAUUUACCAUCGGACACUGUUUGUUUAUUGCCUACUCGUAAUAUGUGUGAAGUUCUUAAUGCAGCUAUGUUAAAUCGCAUUGCUUCGAAAGAGAUAUUACUAAUUGCCGAAGAUACAAUCAACUGUAAUUCGUAUGUAAAAAAGAAAGUAUUAAGAGUAUUAUCGAAUAAUGACGAUGAUAAUUCUAAAACUGCUGGACUUUCAAAAGAAAUUGUAAUUAAAAUUGGAGCAAAAGUUAUGAUAAGGCGUAAUAUUGAUGCUACUUUGGGUCUUGUAAAUGGUACUAUAGCUACAGUGGUUUCAGUUAUACAAGAUACGUCUACCGAUUAUGUAGAAAAAAUCAAACUUCUUUUGCCAUCAGGAUCAGAAUAUUUAAUUGAAAGGGUGAGCGUCAAAUUUGAAGUGGUGGAUAACGCAUUUGUUAUCAGAAAACAAUUUCCACUGUGUGUGAGUUAUGGAAUAACCAUUCAUAAAUGUCAAGGAUUGAGCUUACAAAGUGCUGUUAUGGAUGUAGGCAACUCUAUAUUUAAUUGCGGUCAAGUUUACGUUGCAUUGUCACGAGUAACGUCUCUGAAAGGGUUGCAUCUGAUUAACUUUGAUCCUUCUUCAGUAACAGCUGAUAGAAAAGCUAUCGAUGAAUAUAAUCGGCUAAGAUAUAAGUACAAACCAGAAGUAGAAACAAUUCCUAUUUCAAAAGAACGUCACUGUAAAGUGAAAGAUAUUCCAUGGACAUUGUCGAAAGUAAUCGCUUCUGUUCAGGAGAAUGGUCAAAAUCAAACAUUACAAAUAAAUACUACUUGGAUUUUACGUGGUUUUCAAAAUGUAGAUAAUGUAUCAUGUUACGCUAAUGCAGUUAUACAAUGUCUAUUGCAUUUAGGUGCCGUUAGAAAGCAACUGUCUAAUUGUGACAAAUCAAAUGUUUUACGCAUGUUAAUGCAUCGAUAUGAAUAUGGAAUGCAUAAUUUAAAUACAUAUGAGGUUCGACAAUACUUAGGAGAAUUAUUUUUAAUGAACGUAAAACGAGAUGCACUCGAGUUUUUUACAAUUUUGUGUACAAAUUAUGACGGUAUAAGACAAUUAGUAGAGCAUCAAAUAACUUCCACUACUCGAUGUAAUUCCUGUUACAUUACAAAAACAAUCAGUUAUAAUAAUUUAGUUAUUUCAAUAUCUAUUAACAAUUUAAAAAAAAAGAGCUAUAAUCUUAACGAUUUAUUACAUGUUACAUUUUCACAUUGGUGUCAAUCAGAUAACGGGUCAUGUGAACAUUGUACAGGAAAUAAUAUAUUGUUUAAAAAUGAACUUACAUUAACGAACGAUAUAAUUAUUAUUCAUUUAGCAUUAUUUUCAUUCCAAGAAGGUAAAAUAGUGAAAGCAAUACGUAAUUUUAAUAUAUCUUCUAUUCCUACAACUAAAGUAUUAAUAGCUGGACAAUCGUAUAAAGUAAUGAAUGCUAUAUUUCAUAGUGGUUUAUGUAUUGAGGAAGGACAUUAUACAAGUAUAUGUAGAGAAGGAUCAUCUAAUACUUGGAUUGAAAUUGAUGAUGAGCGAAUUAAAAAAAGCCGCUGGCCCAGAGGUGCUAAAGAUCUUUAUGUACUUUUCUUACCAAAAGUUGAUAAAAAUAAAAAAUAAUCACAAAUUGAAAAAUUACAUAAACUCUAAUUGAUCUGGUUAUGACAUUUAUUAAGCAAAAUAAUAGGUAAAAAUGAGCAUGAACGUUUUCUUAUGUGCUCAAAAAUAAAUUCUUGUAUAAAAUAACUAAUUUAACACU